AUGACGACGAUUGGGGUUACCAGUCAAAUCCCUCCACCUUCACAGCUGUCUUCCAGUGCCCUGCGUAAAUCUGAAAUCCCUGUCGUGAAGUUAGCACGGAGGAAGGACUCCUAUUUAGCACAGGAAUACCAAGAGGGGGGUGUGGCCCGAGGAAGCAUCGUCGGGGAAGAAAUUCCACACCGUCACCCUCAGGUCACCCUGGCCACCAGCCAAAGUGUCGCCUCUCGAGGAGGGGACAGAUUGGGGUGUGGCAGAGAGGACUCUACCUCUAUUGAGGUCACUGAGUCUAGACCUCAACUCAGCGAUGGUCAUGUUCCCGCAGUCCUGUGUGUUGAGUUCCUGGUAGCAUUGGGAGCUGCGAUUCUAACAAUAGUAACCAUGCCAAACUUUGACAUUGUCACUAAUAUGAUGAUCCUAAACAGUGUGAGCAUCCUGUCAGCAGUGUUCCAGGUAGUCGCUCAGUGCCUCGCCAAAGAGAAGAAGCGGCUUAUAAUGCUCCCCGUAUGCUCCAUUUUCUUAAUCGUCCUGGGUUAUGUGCUUUUUGCAGUCAGUUAUCUGGGAAUUGAACAUUCCCCUCAGAUGAGAAUAUCAAUUGGCCUUGCGAUCGUGGGCACCAUCUGUGUUUCUGUGAACUGGUGGGAAAACUACAGCACGCUCUUCUCCAUUUCAUUUCUAGGUGACAUUUCUAAAGACAUCGCUCAGUCCCGUAAUGUGGUGUGCAUCAUCUCCAGUUUGAUGAGAAUCCUGAUUACUUCAUCUGUGGUUGGAGCAUAUGUUCCUCUGUCUGGUCAGAACUGGGAAUUGGUCAAAUUCGAAACGGUCGUUAUUUCAUUGGUGGUGCUCCAGAUUUUAUCCUCUGCGCUGUGCCAUUGGUUUGUAGUUGUGGCUUGCAAGAUGCACUCCCUGCGCAGCAGCUUCGCCUUGCCCAUAUACAUGGCCUCGGUUGCAGUUUUGGCUGUGUUUUUGAUUCCACUUGCAUUUAAACUCCCAGAGUCUAAUCACACUUCUACUUGUAUUGAGAACGUUCAGUCGAAAUCCAUUGAUACAUUGUUGCUGUUGAUGUUGACUGAUGCUACAAAAACUCUACGUGCCAGGUACAUUGUGGAAAAAAUGAGUACAGAACUGGUGUGCUUGAUCUGCUCUGCUCUGAGCUGGUGGUUGGGAUUCAUGCUCAGUACAUUUGGUUACAUCUGGUUCCGGAAGAUCGAUCGAAUAGAAAGAACCCAAGAUCUGUUCGUGCGACGCAUGUAUGAAGGAGCAUUUCUGGAACAGUCCAUGUUGCUGAACACCCGUUUUGAAAUUAUAAAGAGUACCAAGGACCAGAGGUAAGUGUUUCAACUUUCUGAGUAUGAUACUAUCAGAGUGUUUCUGUGUGCAACAAUGUGGCAUGAGACCUACGAUGAAAUGAUGAAGAUAAUCAUCUCUAUGUUCAGGCUCGAUAAAUACAGGCCCUGCGUAAAUACAAGCGACAAUCAUAGCGAUGUCCAGUUUGAAUUCCAUAUUUAUUUUGAUGACGCUUUCAUGGAUGUUCAUAAUGGAGGGCAGCGGCAUGCAAAUGAAUACGCUGAAAUUAUUGUGGAUGUAAUUAAAGAAGUUUACACCAUUUUUAGUGAGGAGGAUCCAUGUAUAUUCAAGCAGACGCCACAGAAGAUCAUAAACACACCCUAUGGAGGUCGUCUGGAAUACACCCUUCCUAAAGGCAAUGUGAUGAUGGUUCACUUCAAAGACAAGCAACUUAUUCGUCACAAAAAAAGAUGGUCUCAGAUAAUGUACUUGUAUUACAUUUUUGGUUGGAGACUUAACAGACACUUCAAAAAGUUUGAUGCAAGAGAAGGACUGGAUGACCUUAAGGAGAGACUGAAGAGAGACAAGGAGAACACGUAUAUCUUGGCCCUGGAUGGGGAUACUGAUUUCCAGCCGUCCGCAGUCAUGCUGUUAAUUGACAGACUAAAACUCUACCCAGAAGUUGGGGCAGCCUGUGGCAGGAUUCAUCCAACAGGCACAGGGCCCAUGGUGUGGUAUCAGAAGUUUGAGUAUGCAGUAGGCCACUGGCUGCAGAAGACUGCAGAGCACGUGUUCGGCUGUGUACUGUGCAGCCCUGGAUGUUUCAGUCUUUUCAGAGGAGCCGCACUCAUGGACGACAACGUCAUGAAGAGGUAUACAACUAAAGCCAGUGAAGCCAGCCACUGCGUCCAGUAUGAUCAAGGUGAGGACCGCUGGUUAUGCACUCUGCUUCUGCAGCAGGGGUGGAGGGUUGAGUAUAAUGCAGCAUCUGAUGCCUACACCAAUGCGCCUCAGAAUUUUAAAGAGUUCUACAACCAGCGCAGACGCUGGGGACCUUCUACCAUGGCCAACACCAUCGACCUCUUGGGCUCAGGACGACUGACCUCUCAGAGGAACAGCUCUAUCUCAAAACUUUACAUCUUGUACCAGAUUAUCAGCAUGGCAGCUUCCAUCUUGGGCCCUGCCACUAUCUGUCUCAUGAUAUCAGGAAGCUUUAUGUUCAUUAUGGAAAUGAGUGGAAAUAUUGCUCUUGCUUUGGCCAUAGUGCCCCCUACUGUCUAUCUCAUCUUAUGCUUCAAACUGACAUCUGACAUGCAGAUUAAAAUUGCAGCAAUUAUGAGUGUGUUCUACGCAUUUCUCAUGGGGGGAACUGUUCUCUGCAUCAUAGGGGAUUUAGUGAGGCAAAAAACUUUUCUGACCCCCAGUGGUCUGUUCCUCAUCGGCAUGGUGGCGUUGUACAUCAUCACGGCAGCUUUACACCCUCAGGAGUUCUUACUGAUCAUCUAUGGGUUGUUAUACUUUCUCUGCAUUCCCAGCGGGUAUUUACUCUUGGCCAUUUACUGUAUAGUCAACAUGAACAAUGUCACGUGGGGCACUCGUGAAACCGGCGGCCAGGCUAAGACUACAGCAGUCGAUACCAUCAAGAAGAAGUUCAUGAAUGCCACAUGUUGCAAAUGUCCAUGUUUGAAUUCUGAAGAGGAUUCGAGCAAGGAGAUACUACCUCUAGCAACCAUAGCAGAAACUGAAAAGCCACAUAUUCCUUUGGAAACACAAACGUAA